GAGCACAAACAGCACCGGAUGACGUUAGUGAGCUGGUUACGUCAGCGGGGCUGCGCGUUGUUGCAGAGUCACUGCGCCUGUCUGUAAACAAGGGGGAGGAAAGAUUAUACACGACAUUAAAGUCUGUUCAUCCAUCGAGUUAAUUAUAUAGAAUACUCAGAAGUGAGUGAUUUUUAGGAACAUGUCAUGUGAUCCACGUGUAGCCUGUAAAUAAGGCGCAGGUCGUGUUUUCACGGAGACACGGAGCUAGCCUGUUAGCACCAUUAGCCUCUCGCUAGCUUAGCUGGCUAGUCAACAAACACGGGUCUGCUGAGAGGAAACAACCUUUAUGCGCCGAGUAUCUCUCUCCACUGCGACCAGGAUAUCCUAAACCCUGGGUGGCUGGUCAGAGCGGCCUCCUCCCACCAUGGAGGCAGGAGGGAAGGACUGCGAGGAGGACACUCUGCAGACGGCAUUCAAGAAGCUGAGGGUCGACGCUGAGAGUCUACCUGGAGCUGUGAGUGUUUCCGAGGCGUUAAAUCCCAGAGCAGCAUCUCGAGCCGGUCUGGACUCCAGUGGAGCAAAACCUAAACUGAGCUGCCCCAAGGACAACUGGCACGGCUGCAUGAGGAAAUCUUCUCGAGGAGCAUCAAGAACUCAGCGUCGUCGGAGGUCCAAGUCCCCGAUCCUGCAGCCUCCCAAGUUCACCUACUGCAGCUCCACCGCAGCCUCUGCACUGUCGCCACCUAGUGGCUGCCUGAAACACCAUCGCCUUGCGGUCCCUGAACCCGCAGAGCCACGACCCGCAGCCGACGGAGGAACCGCCUCCUCUGUUUCUGUCCCUGCCCAGAAAGAGAUCAACUCUUCGGGCACCCCUGGCCACAUCUCCCCUCUGGUUUUUGGAUCCCGUGCUGGUUUUGAGACCCCAGAAAUCCCAGCUGUUGUUUCUUCUUUGGCGACGUCUUCAGGGCAGGAAGGAGCGAGUUCUGCAGAGUCGAGCGAGGAGAGCGGCCCGGAGAAAAGUGUCUGUGAUGGAGCGGAGUCUGGAGCAAAAUCCAGACCGGCAGAAGCAGCUGACUUCAGAGCUUUAUCCGAGCUCCACAGCAGUGGCUCCGCAGACAGCCCCCUUGUCCCCUGCUCCUGCGCCUGGAAGAAAAGCACAGAGUCCCCGGAGGAGAGCGCGCAGGGGGCUGAACCUCAGUGCCAGUGUCGGUCCAAUCAACCAGGCUGGGCCGGCGUCGAGGUGUACUCCUUCACCGGGCUCCGAAACGUCAUCUCUGAGUGCGAGAGGAGCCACGCGGACCCGGCCAGAACUCUCAGCACCAACAGUAACGCUGCCGUAGGUUCCUCACCUUCAUCGUUGUCUUCAUCGGGCUCCCCUCGCUCGUGUUCGGAGCAGGCACGCGGCUAUGUGGACGACAUCACGAUAGAGGACCUUUCUGGCUACAUGGAGUAUUAUCUCUACAUCCCCAAGAAGAUGUCACACAUGGCCGAGAUGAUGUACACUUAAAGUAAUAAUUAUUCUAAUAUAAGAAGCAAAGAGAUUUUUGUGUUGUUGGGGAGCAGGUGGCCUCUGAGGAAUGUCAGUAGUGGUUAGAACAGAUCAGGCAUGAAAGUUGUAAUUUAAAUAAACAACAUUAUCUGAUUUGAACCCGUUUUCCCGCCCUCUGUUUGAGCUUUCCCUCCUUUCACCAGAGCUGACAGAAACCAGUCACACCAGCGUUUUCUCGUCAGUUCUGACCUUUGACCCUCUCCCCUUUUUUGUGCUGCGUUUAAAUUUUCAUUUCCAGUUUACAGAUGAAGUUGCCAAAGCUCUUGGUGCAGCCUUUGCAGAAGGACAUUUAAACAGGAAUAUAUGCAAACAUGUAAAGCCGAGCGUUUGUGUCUGGAUUUAAUUUCACUCAAUAAAGAGAAAACUGAGCAAA